GCCUGGUGCAGUGGCCAGAGAAGACCAUGGCGUUCAUGGUGAAGUCCAUGGUGGGUGGCCAGCUGAAGAACCUCACUGGAAGCCUGGGGGGCGGCGAGGACAAAGGGGAUGGAGACAAGUCUGCAGCCGAAGCACAGGGCAUGAGCCGAGAAGAGUACGAGGAGUAUCAGAAGCAACUGGUGGAGGAGAAAAUGGAGCGAGAUGCACAGUUCACACAGAGGAAGGCGGAACGGGCCACGUUGAGGAGUCACUUCAGAGACAAAUACCGUCUGCCCAAGAAUGAGACAGAUGAAAGCCAGAUCCAGCUGGCAGGAGGAGACGUGGAACUGCCUCGGGAACUAGCCAAGAUGAUCGAGGAGGACACGGAGGAAGAAGAAGAUAAGGCCUCUGUGCUGGGACAGCUGGCCAGCCUCCCUGGCUUAGACCUCAGCUCACUCAAGGACAAGGCCCAGACUACACUAGGGGACCUCAAGCAAUCAGCUGAGAAGUGCCACAUCAUGUGACCACUUCCCCCAGGGUUACCUCUGGGAUGGCCAGAGGGCUGGUCCCAUGUGAGGGCUAGGAGAGUGUCUCAGCUUCCAGAUACCUCCAUCCAUCUUGCCCCCCCCUCCCCACCCCACCCCCGUCCCAGCCUAGCUCCAGAGCCUUCUCGUCCAUGUCCAGUCUGGGCUCUGACUCACCCUCUUUAU